AUUAAGCUUGUCUAUGAAGUUAUAGGGCAUAACCAGCAAAUGCCGUGACUACUUGAUGAGAAGCGACGCAGCAGGCAUUGAAAACUACCUCAUUAGCUUACCUAAAUACUACUGCCUCUACGUUUUGGUGCUUGCGUAUAUCGUCACGUAUUCUUACUUUAUAAGCUGUUCUCCAGCGGGUUUUCAGUUGCGAAUUAGCACCGGUACGUAUCGAGCUUUAGCGGCGGAUAUCUCAGUACCUUUUCCUGGUGGGUAAUCGAACUAAUUGAAUAAUUGGGUAUAGGCUAAGGGACUUGCGCCAAGCAGUGGGAGUUGCUGCCAACCACCGUCAUAACUCCAUCUCCUUUCCAGCGCAAAGCUGUCCAAUCGUGCAGUAUGUAGCGGUUUGCAGAAGCUGCAAUGGUUACAUUUUCAAGACGUGCCGCCGCGGUUUCGUAAAUUGUUAAUGAGGACAUGCACUUGUCCCUGCGCGCCUUAGGUCAGCCACGGAAUGCUGGGAGGAUGUCGCAACGCCGCGUGAUGCUAAGGACUACGCACAGAUGACUAUGUGCGCUAUCGCGCGUCCGAAACGCUUCUCAUGCAGCAGUGCUCGUCAGUAUGACUCGCAUCAGUCAGAUGCAUACUUCAGCCAGACUACAGCCUCUCCCGUUGAACCGACAAUGAUAACACAGCGGAAUGGCGUCGGCAGGCAUCACUUGACAGCCGCUCCUUACCCUAGAAGACAGCUUCCGUACAGUUUCCACCUCCUCUUAGCCGGGCUCCUGCUUGUUUCCUGCAGCGUGCACGCCGCAGCACAGCUUCUAACGCCCAACAACAGCCCUCUGGGUGGCCCCAAUUCCGAGCAAGAAACGCCACCUCCGCGCCGACCAUGGCCUCCUCCAAAUUCGCCGAGACUAAACCCGCAGCUGAGCCCUUAUCCUGCUGCCACAAUGCCGCAAGCUCAGCAGCCGCCGGUUCCAACUCCAACCCCAGCCCCGCUACUGGAGGUGCUCAGGCCGUCCACGCCUCCGCCUACCUACCCUUUGGAGGGCCCCCCACCGCCGCCCUCGUACCCGUCAACCUCACAACCUCCAUCCCCACCGCCGCCUGCAUAUCCACCGCCUCUUCAGCCUCCAGCUCAGCCCGCGUCUCCCAACGCCUCCCCGCCGCAACCAAACCCCCCGCAGUCCCCCUCACUGGAGCCGCCACCCCUGCUGCCUCCGUCUCCUCAACCGCCCUCACACCCCUUACCUCCAAACUCACCAUCCCCACCACCGCCCUCUCCACAGCCGCCCAUGCAACCCCCGCCCUCUCCACCCCCGCCCUCACCACAGCCGCCCAUGCAACCCCCGCCCUCUCCACCACCGCCCUCUCCACAGCCGCCCAUGCAACCCCCGCCCUCUCCACCCCCGCCCUCUCCACCCCCGCCCUCUCCACCCCCGCCCUCUCCACCACCGCCCUCUCCACCCCCGCCCUCUCCACAGCCCCCUGUACGACCACCCUCGCCCCACCCACCCUCAAGACCAGCACCUCCCAGCCCGCCUCCACUACCUCCCAAGCCUCCCGCGCUACCACCACCACCAUCUCCCAAGCCGCCAGCGCUACCACCGCUGCUGCCUCCGAAGGUGCCUCCACCUUCACCCCCACCUUCACCGCCACCAAAGCCACCACCGGCGCCUCCGCCCUCCCCGCCGCCCUCCCCGCCGCCUCCCCCUCCUCGUCCACCGCCUGCACCUAGGCCGCCUGCACCACCCCCACCGGCGCCAUCGCCUCCACCUCCCCUAAAGAAGCCUCCCAAGCCGCCGCCCCCGCCGCCCACCUCGCCACCCUCUCCGCCUCCGCCAAGUCCCCCCACUGACUGGGUCUCCCCCAGCUGCUCCUUCCUGCCCUCCGAAACCACAACCCCAGCCUCAUCAACCAGCUUUGCAGCAGGCGGCGCGCCCGCUGCGGCGAAAGCUGCCGUACAAGCUGUGAUUCAGGACCAGGGGACCUUCCCUAGUGGCUACAGCUUUCCAGCGUCAGCUGCUGCUGGCAGCGACUGCGGCUGCUCGACUUCUCCGUACAGCUUCGUGUGGGGAGCUGACGUGGCGUUCGCGGAGAGGCAGUUCUAUGCGUUUCGUCUGGACCCACGGGUCGGACCGGGCGGCGAUGGGUCGCCCUCCGAAGUUCCCUUGCAUGCGCUGGUAAUCCGCAUGGAUUCGAAUAAGACGGCCAGCUGUUACGGCCUAGAUUCAGCUUCUGUCGUACAGCCGGGGAGUCUUGGCCAGGCGUUCGGUUCGGGCGUCUGGUUCAUGCCGGACGCCCCCGGUGUGGGUAUUGCAGCUCCUGGCAUCCCCGUCCUCUCCUACCUAGGUGCUAACCUCAAUGGCACCUACCUCGAGCUCUCCAUCCUUCUAAUGGAGCUCCGACAGAAGCUGCUUGCAGCGCUGCCCUCACCUCCACCACCGUCACCACCCGCUCAGCAGCCCUCGUCCCCAGGAUCACCUCCGAGCACGGCUGAUGACGCCUUUUCGUCUUCACCUUUUAGCGCCGAUGAAGCGCUGUACGGCACCGGCAACGGCACCAGCAGCACCAGCACUAGCAGCAGCAGCGGCAGAACCAGCCAUGUUUCAACCACUCCAGUGAGUUCAGCAACAGCAGCUGGUGCUAGCAGCGUUGGCAGUAGCACUGGUAGCGGCACCUUGCAAGGUGAUACCAUCGACCCACUGACCCGUGGGACGUUCCUCCUGCCGCGCUGCGCUAGCUACGGCUUGAAGCGCCUCUGUCGCGACAAGGCGUCCGACGGCUCCCUUACUUGCCUGGUGGGCUUUGUCUUUAGAAACCCCGAGCUGUCAAAAGUGCCCCCGCCGCCGCCACCCUCACCCCAGCCGCCGUCACCCAUGCCCCCAUCUCCCUCACCGCCGCCUCCAUCUCCCCGACCUCCCAAGCCAUCUCCCGCCCCUGGGCCCCCUCCGUCGCCCCGUCCCCUGCCACCCUCCCCGCGUCCUCCGCCUCCUCCAAGGCCGCUACCCCCUCCCCAACCCCUGCCUCCAUCUCCCCCUCGUCCAAUGCUACCGUCCCGGCCGCCGCCGCCGCCCCAACCGCCGUCCCCGCCUCCGCCCCAACCGCCGUCC